CCCGUUUUCCGUCCCUGGCUCCCUGCUGCCGUCCGACCCUCUCAUUCGCUCCGCUACACUCGCAUCGUUCCCUCAUCCCGAUCGUCAAACCCUAGCUCGCUGGCAGAUCGGCCUAGAAGGAGUGACUCUUCUCGUCUGAAGGUCUUAGGAAGUUGAAAUAGAAGCUGACAUGGCUACACAGACUCCUCUGGUUGUUCAAAAUGAAAAUUUGCAUAUUGACAGAGGCAAAGGUGCCAAUGUCUCAAAACCUGUUCUUCUGCCCAAGCCAGCGAAGUUGGUGCGUCAAGAUCGUAAAGCCCUAAGGGAUCUUUCAAAAGUAGGAAAGCCUAUCGUGUCUGGUGCAUCCAAGGCUCCCACAUUGAAAAAGAAAACUGGAUUCCUUGCUCCUGAAAGCAAAGUUGAACCAAAGGGCAAUUAUCUCACUGAUGAAGAGAUAAAGCAAUGCCAGGAGUGGGCCAAAGAGGGAAUUGAGCAGGUUCAUUUUACAGGAAUGGACUCGCGAAGACUUCAACAGCAAAAAGAAGAUGAACGGGUUCAUAAGAAAGUUGAGAAAAUAUUAGCUGCAAUGCAGGAGUGGAUUGUUACGGAUUAUAGUUCUACAAUUUCAGUCAGAGCACUUAGCACAAACAAUGAUAUUGCUUGGGAUAACGAAGAUCUCUUAAAGAUGGAACUGGUCCCUGAGGAACUUCCCUUGAGGACAGAUAAAUUCAGCAAGCUAGGUGAUGAAGAAAUCGAGGAUUUUGACUGGGAUUUCCCAUUGCUUGAGCCUACAUUAGAACUCAAAUUAAAAGAGGAUGCAAUUAUAUCCAGCUUUUAGAGUAGGAAGUUGAAUGCAUCAAAUGAAAUUUAAACAAUUGCUGGUCCGUUACAAGAUAAAUCAAGCUGAUUUUUUUUUUCAAAUAAUGAGAGAUGAUGGCUGAGAAAUGACCAAGGGCCGAGAAACCUCAUGGGCGAGUAGGAUACUUAUUAUGCCAUAAACUCUACAUUUGGCCUGAAUUUCUUCAGUAUUUAGUGAUGAAAAAUACAGUAAUUGUUGAUUUAUUAUCAUUUUCCUUUUUCUCUUCUAA